AGUUGCGUAAAUUUAUUUGACAGACAUCAACGACACAAGAUAGGAACAGUCAGCCAUGGACAUCCUGCCGAGCAAGUCAGCGGCCCUUGCGCCAUUUAGGGUGCAGGGCCUGCUCAAGACAAUCCCGGCAGAGUGUGGCGUCACCCAUCUCUGUGCCGUUUAUGUCCACUACGUCAAGCGAAAGGUGGAGAUGCUUGACGUGCGCCAUGCACAGGCGCUAGAGAUCCUGCUCAAGUACGAUACAGCGUAUGAUGCAAUUGAUGAAGACUACAAGACCCUUGUCGAUGCCGUCAAGAGUGGCAAGGAACAUCGCAACGUCAUCUACGUCUCGCCCAGGCCUGGCACUCUAUCGCCAUGGUCCUCUAAGGCCACCAAUAUCGCUGAUGUCUGUGGCUUGAGUGGACAAGUCGCGAGAAUCGAGCGUGGUAUGGCCAUCUUGGUCAAAGGUACAAGUGACUUGCAGUCGCCCAAGCUGCUAGGCGCACUGCAUGACCGUAUGACACAGACCUGUGCAAGUCAACCACCAUCCUUUGACCAGCUCUUUGGUGAAAGCACACCGCAGGGCUACACAUCCAUUGAUCUAGGCAAUGGCGACAAAGCAGAAGCCAUCUCAAAGUUGCAACAUUCCAACAAAGAACUGGGUCUGGCGAUUGCAGACGAUGAAGUGCAGUACCUCGUUGAAGCCUUUUCUGGUGCCUUCGAAGCAUUACAGGCACGCGCACCCACAGAUGUCGAGCUCUUCAUGUUUGCUCAAGUCAACUCAGAGCAUUGUCGCCACAAGAUCUUCAAUGCCGACUGGACGAUUGAUGGAGAGAAGCAGCCUCAUGCGUUAUUUGGCAUGAUUCGGCAUACGCACAAGACACACCCUGACUACACCGUCUCCGCGUACUCUGAUAAUGCCGCCGUGCUUGAGGGACAGCAAUCCAGCGUCUUUGCACCAGACACACAACACCUCUGGCAAGCGACACCGCAACCCCUCCACUACCUUGCAAAAGUUGAAACACACAACCACCCAACGGCAGUAUCACCCUUCCCAGGAGCAGCAACGGGCUCAGGCGGCGAAAUUCGCGAUGAAGGCGCCGUGGGUGUUGGCUCAAAACCAAAAGCGGGACUCGCAGGAUUUUCCGUCUCAGACUUGCACAUUCCAACACUGCCACAGCCAUGGGAACUGCAAAUCGGCAAACCGGGACAUGUUGCAUCCGCCUUGGAUAUCAUGCUUGAAGGACCCAUCGGCAGUGCUGCAUUCAACAAUGAAUUCGGCAGACCCAUCAUCACGGGAUACUUCCGUACGUUGUCUGCCCCAACAAACAGCAAAGACCAUCUUCGUGGCUUCCAUAAACCCAUCAUGCUCGCUGGUGGCUUGGGUUCCGUCCAGCCAGGUCAUUCAUUCAAAGGGAAAAUCACGCCCGGGGCAGCCAUUAUUGUCUUGGGUGGACCUUCUAUGCUUGUUGGUCUUGGCGGUGGUGCAGCUUCUAGCAUGGCAUCCGGCGAGACAACAGAGUCUCUCGACUUUGCCUCUGUACAACGCGGCAAUCCUGAAAUGCAACGACGGGCACAAAUGGUCAUUGACGCAUGCACUGCACUCGGCAACAAGAAUCCGAUUCAGUCGAUUCACGAUGUUGGUGCAGGCGGUCUCUCCAAUGCACUGCCAGAACUCGUGCAUGAUGCAGGACUCGGUGCAGUCUUUCAACUUCGCGACGUCCCCUGCGACGACCAAGGCAUGUCGCCUCUGCAAAUCUGGUGCUGCGAAGCGCAGGAACGGUAUGUCAUGGCUGUGCCUGAGGAACGUCUUGCAGAGUUUGAUGAGAUGGCAAAGCGCGAACGCUGUCCGUAUGCUGUUGUUGGACGCGCAACACAAGAAGAGCGACUUGUUCUGGAGGAUGCCAAGUUCAACAACCGACCCAUCGACUUGCCCAUGUCCAUCUUGUUUGGGAAAGCACCGAAGAUGUCACGUACGACACACUCUGUCAAGGUGGAAACAACAGCGUUCGAUGCUUCAUUGCAACGAUACCUCUCAUCUACCUCUGAAAAUACUCGUCUCAGUGAAGCCAUUCAUCGGACCCUUCAACUACCCAGCGUCGGUUCGAAAUCCUUCUUAAUCACCAUUGGCGACCGUUCUGUUUCCGGCCUGAUUGCUCGCGACCAAAUGGUCGGUCCCUGGCAGGUUCCCGUUGCUGAUGUCGGCGUCACCUACUCUGCCCUUGCAGGUGGCCGCCACGGCGAGGCCAUGGCCAUUGGUGAGAAGCCACUUCACGCCCUCACUUCACCAGCAGCCUCAGCACGUAUGUGUAUUGCUGAGGCAUUGCUCAAUUUGGUCGCUGCGAAUAUCAGUGGUAUUGAGCAUGUGCGGCUCUCUGCAAAUUGGAUGGCUGCCGCAGAUCACCCUGGGGAUGGAGCAGGUCUCUAUGAAGCAGUGCAAGCUGUCGGUCUCGAGGUUUGUCCAGCACUGGGCAUCAGUGUGCCCGUUGGCAAGGACUCCAUGUCAAUGAAGAUGAAAUGGAAGCAGGACGGCACAGACAAGUCCGUCACGUCGCCCGUGUCGCUUAUCAUUACUGCUUUUUCGACCGUGCAGGAUGUGCACAAGACGUGGACGCCACAAUUGCAGCCUGGGCAGGACUCUGUUAUUGUCAAAGUCGACCUUGCUGGUCAGCAGCGGAGACUAGGCGCAUCAGCAUUAGCUCAAGUCUGUGGCGACUUGCGCGAUGUAUGCCCAGACUUGGCAGAUGUGAAGGUUCUGCGCAGUUUUGUCGAUGCGUCAGUCGAGCUUCACAAGGCCGGUGUUGUCUUGGCGUACCACGACAUCUCCGAUGGCGGUCUCUUUGCGACUUUGGCAGAAAUGUGCUUUGCUGGCCGCGUGGGCCUGGACGUGCAGUCGUCUGCUACUACAUUCGAUCAACUCGUCGGGGAUUUGUUCUCAGAAGAACUUGGUGCCGUCUUCCAAGUUCGCAAAGCUGAUCUUACACAAUUCACCGAAAUCCUGACGAGCGCAGGCGUGCCGAAAGAGUCUGUCCAAGUCGUGGCUGUUCCCAACCAGUCUCGAGAUGCCAAGCUCGUCAUCAAGCAAGGCGACCAAGUCGUCUUUGAGCAAGAUCGUGCCCACUUACAGCAAUCUUGGACCAAGACUUCCCAUGCCAUGCAAAAGCUUCGUGACAACCCAGCUUGUGCAGACCAAGAGUUUGAAAGCAUCAGGGACGACACCGAUCCAGGUCUUACCUACAACAUUACCUACACACCAAGCCCGUCGCCACAAGGUCCGUGUCCUCGUGUUGCGAUCCUCCGUGAACAAGGUGUCAAUGGUCACUCUGAGAUGGCGUUUGCUUUCCAUCUCGCUGGCUUUGACGCCGUGGAUGUUCACAUGAGCGAGCUCAUUCAAGGGACAGUCGAUCUUGCUAGUUUCCGAGGUCUCGCAGCGUGUGGCGGUUUCUCCUACGGUGAUGUGCUGGGUGCCGGAGCCGGUUGGGCGAAAUCGGUCUUGCUGCACGACAAGACCCGUGCUGCCUUCCAAACAUUCUUUCAUCGUAAAGAUGCAUUUGCCUUGGGAGUGUGCAAUGGUUGUCAAUUUUUGACACAACUCAAGGAGCUGAUUCCUGGUGCAGAGGCCUGGCCUACGUUUGAGCGCAAUGCAUCUGAGCAGUACGAAGCACGCUUCGUGCAGGUCGAGGUGACGGACAAUGCGAGCGCGCCAUCCGUCUUCUUUGCCGGUAUGCAAGGUUGGAAGUUGCCAGUUGUGGUGGCUCAUGGCGAGGGACGAGCUCAAUUCACAGAUGCUCAGCAGCAGGCCUCCCUCAGUCAACAAGGUCUUGUCAACAUGCGUUUCCUGGGAGCAGACAAGCGACCCACCACGCAGUACCCGCAAAAUCCGAAUGGAUCGCCCGACGGCAUCACAGCUGUCCGCAAUGCUGAUGGUCGUAUACUGGCACUCAUGCCACAUCCCGAGCGUACCAUCCUGCGGGAAGCAAGUAGUUGGUAUCCGGCAGAGCAAGGCGAGAUGUGGGGCGAACAUGGUCCAUGGCUUCAGAUGUUUAGGAACGCCAGAGCGUUCUGUGACCAAUAAAUAUGCUACUAGAUUCUUCUUAUUCUAGCACAAUGUACUUUUGAAGGUGCUCUGGGAUUGCGCCCACAAGGCCCUUGGAUUCGAGCCACGAACGUCUGAAUAGCCGCUGCUGGUAGCGGUAUGCACCAUCACAAAGAAUAGUCGCCACCGUGCUGCC